AUGAACAAAUGUAAGAAGCCUUAUGUUGACCAGACUACAAACCUGGAAAAGUUCAGUCCUGAAAUUCGUUCUGAAAUCGAGAAGCUCUUUGCAAAGAAGUUUACUUACCCUAAGCCAGUGAAUAAUGAAUGGCAGCUACCAGAUCCCGGUGAUGCUUUUACCUGCGAUCACGAGGAAUUCAACUCACUCCUGGCUCUGAAGGACUCGAUGAACAAAGUGAAGAAUCAACUGAGUGACAAGAACCUGGAAGAAUGGCAUCAGCACACCUCGUUUACUAAUAAAGCGGGGAAAAUAAUUCCCCAUGUGAAGAAAUCUGUGAAUGCUGAGCUGUGCACCCAGGCCUGGUGCAAGUUUCACGAGAUCCUGUGCGGUUUUCCUCUUCUCCCGGAAGAAGCUCUUCAGGAUGGAGAACUGAAUACUGUCCACCUCUGUGAAGCACCUGGGGCUUUUAUAGCCAGCCUCAAUCACUACUUGAAAUCCCAUCAUGUCCCUUGCGACUGGAAUUGGGUCGCCAAUACUCUAAACCCGUAUCACGAAGCAAAUGACACCCUGAUGAUGAUCAUGGAUGACCGGCUUAUAGCAAAUACGUUGCCUUGGUGGUACUUUGGCCCAGAUAACACGGGUGAUGUAAUGACAUUGAAACAUCUAACAGGACUUCAGAGCUUUGUAAGUAAUAUGGCCACGGUUCACUUGGUAACUGCUGAUGGCAGCUUUGAUUGCCAGGGAAACCCAGGUGAACAGGAGGCUCUUGUCUCACCCCUUCAUUACUGUGAAACCGUCACUGCUUUAAUGAUCCUGGGUGCUGGAGGCUCCUUUGUUUUGAAGAUGUUCACACUAUUUGAACACUGUUCUACCAACCUGCUCUUUCUGCUAAACUGCUCUUUUGAGGAGGUCCAUGUCUUUAAGCCGGCCACUAGCAAAGCUGGAAACUCAGAAGCCUAUGUGAUUUGUCUUCGUUAUAUGGGCAGAGAAAGCAUUCAUCUGCUCCUUUCUAAGAUGAUACAAAACUUCGGAGCAGAUAAACCACUCUCUCCCCAGCAUACGCUACCGGAGUCUUUUCUUAAAAUCCAUGAAGAGUGUUGCAUGUUCUUCCACAAGUGCCAGGUAGAGACUAUCUCUGAGAACAUCCAUCUUUUUGAGCGCAUGGAAGAAGCGGAGCAGGUGAAACUGAAUGAGUUAAGAGACUGUGCGGUAGAGUUCUUCAUGCAAAGGCUUCGUAUGAAACCCAUUGCUAGAAAUAACUGGCUUGUCAAGAAAUCUCAGACCGGUUGCAGCAUGAAUGCAAAAUGGUUUGGGCAAAGAAACAAAUAUUUUAGUACAUACAAUGAAAGGAAGAUGCUGGAAACCCUUACAUGGAAUGAUAAAGUGGCAAAGGGCUAUUUUAAUCACUGGGCUGAAGAACAUAGUCUAAAUAAUGCUGGUAAAACAUGCAUCUUGGAAGGAUCAUCUUCUAACCUCGAGUGUAGCUUGUGGUACGUUUUGGAAGGAAAAAGGCUACCAGUGGUAAAAUGUUCUCCGUUUUGUGAUGGUCAAGUGUUGGAAAAUCUUAAUGAAGCUAUGAAAGAAUUGAUGGGGGGGAGGCUGAAAAGCAGACAAAUGCUGCAGACUUGUCAUUCCUGUGAAGUUCUUCCUGGGGCACUGAUAUUGGCAGAAGUCUCUGAUCUUUCCAGGUGUCAUCAGGAAGUCCUAAGCGAAAGAUAUAGUGACCAAUUCAAGUGCCUUGUGGUGGGCUUUCCAUCCCUCUGUGAUACUGAAAUCCAACCCAGUGUGGAAAUAAAGCUUCUGGACUCAGCCACACUGCUGGCUUUCAGCUUCUCUUUGCUUUAUGAUGGAGAACCAAAGUACCAGCAGCAGCUUUUGGAGUGUGUCCUGUGUUCGUUGAAUCAGCUUACAGUGGGAGAUGCAUUGGUUUUGCCUAUUCUCUCCUGUUUUACACGCUUCACGGCUGGCCUGGUCUUUAUACUGCACUGCUGUUUCAGAUGCAUCACGUUUGCUUGUCCGACCUCCCGUGAACCGCCCAGGACUAGUGCCGCUUUGCUGUGCGUUGGUUACCGAGGCCUCCCAAAUCCAGUUGUUGAGUAUCUGCAGCAUCUGAAUAAACUCAUGAGCUCUCUACUAGACACGGACUCAGCCCAGCAGGUUUUGCAGUUUGUGCCGAUGGAGGUUCUCCUCCAGGGCAAGCUGUUGGAGUUCUUGUGGGAUUUAAACACGGCCAUUGCGAAGAGACAGCUCCACUUGAUUGUGCAAGCUAAGCAGCAGCAAAUGACUAGCGAUAUUCCACUUUAA